AUGAGACUCCAGAAGAUUCAAGAAAUUGAGCUUCGAUUUAAUCACGCUCUCGCCAACUUCUUGCAGCUUUGUCACGGUGAGCAGCAACAUCUCGUGACUGCGGCAGUAGACUCGAAAAGGGACCUUAUCAUUCGAGCUCGAGAUCCUGUUUUCAAGUUUUGCGCUGAUUUUGUAUUCCACGAAAACGAGUACGACUACCACAACUUAGUAGCUCAGUUUGGCUUCAACGACUUCGCGCGUCGUGUCGAAGAAACUCAUGAAAUUUCCCGCGAGUUGACAUUCGCCAAAUCCCCUCAUGGUCUCAUUACAAGUGAAUUCUACCCGGACCUGAACAACUCAAUUCUCACAAUUAUUGGGCGUAUUCGAGUGGACUAUCGACGUCGGAAUACUGCAACUACCUCACAUUCUUCAAGGCUGCAUGUACUGAACCUUUCGCUGGUGGAGAGUGACUCUUUCGUAGCCACGCUGCGUAGUUUACUCUCUCAGGUCGAGUUACCGUUCUUCUGGUCGGUAUCACCUCUCAGCUUGGUGCUCUCUAUUGACAGUGAAUACUUAGACCAGCAAGGCAAGACCAGUUUCCAGCAGCUAGUCGCAGAUACGCUAUCUCUGUAUGGGUCGCAACUACCUCCACCACUGCGGGCACUAGCUACGUUUGUAUCCCACACCGCGUCGUCUCUAUUGGUGCGAUACGAAGUUGUUGGUAGACAUACCAAUGUGGAGACAAGCUGGCAAGAAUUCCAAGAGUUUGUUGCAGGACAUCAGAACGCGUAUGCCGUAAUGGAGCUGCAUCCCCAAGGGUCUUUGUUUACAACGUGCGUGGCUCGCGCAAGUGGCUCUGGAGCAGUGCAAUGGAACUUCAAAGCUCAAGUCAAGCUCGAAGAACCGAAGCUUUGCGACCAGCGUAUCGACCGCCCCGUGGUAUUCACUGAUACCGUCAAAGUUUCCCGUAUCCCGGACAGUACUCCAACGACAGAGAGUAUCAACUUUAUUGUCACGGAUAGUGGUGGAAUCCCCGGGCACUUUGUGGUGGUUAGUGUGCGUCGAGCACUUCCCUCUGGACCCGAGUCCCCAAAGCCAAGGCUGUAUUGUACAGCGUAUGAUCCCUUAACUUCUUGCGAUUAUGCUGUGGAAGGGUAUCCGCAAGAUUGGUCUGUCGACUUCUUCGACGUUACUGUAAACCCUUCGUUUGAAAACAAGUGGCGAGCAAUGCUUCAGACUAUGCGGCUUGGGGCAACGAUCACUCCUAAGCUUUCUAUCACGGUUUUCAACAAGAAGCCUAAGACGGAUAAACUGAUUGGAGAGUGCGAAGUCUCCGUCGGGUCUGCCAUCAUUCUGGAAGGCCAUAUCUUCGAGGAACGCAUCGCGCUUCGUCCGCCGCAAUCUACGGCGCUUCGAGCCUCCAUUGUUUCCAUUGAGCAGUCGAAACUCGAAGCUCAAGAGCAAGUUAGACAGCUCAAGGCUCAAGUACAGCAACUUUCGUAUGCAUCAAACAAAUCGUCAGAAGACACAGCAGAGAGAUGGAAGCGAAGACUCGAGCAGGCGAGGCAAGAGCAGUUUGCAGCUGAGGAACAACAUGCUGCUAGACUAGCUGCUCUCCAAGAAGAAAUUCGACACUUGGCCGAGGAAAAUGAAAAGCAGAGAAAUGCACCUCGCGAAGCGACAAAUUUGAAGGAUUGUCGACUGUCAGCCGAGGCGUCAGCGCAUGAUAUCCUCUCAGCCAUGAGGGGAAUUCUGACUAAUCGAUGCUCUGAGCGGCCGUACAAUAGCUUGAAGAAGGCUUUAGCCGCUGAAGCUGAGGUUCCUGGGAAGGUAACGUUUGCUGUAUUCAACGACGUACUCAGAGACUUUGGACUUGCCCUUUCGUUGGAGCAUCGAUCGACUCUCUCGAGUCUCUUUGACCCUGAAAUGGUCGGCCGCAUCAGCAUCGAAGACUUCUUCAUUAAGCUCUGUGGCGAUGCUGAAGCGUACGAACAGGUCCGAACGCCACGACCCCAGUCCCCGGCACCAGAGCCUAUUCCAAUUGACCCAGAGCCGAUUGUCUUCACGAGGCCGGUAUCUCCCAUUGCGUCCCCCAUACGACCCUCAGGUCCCCGAUCAAAGAUGAGCUGGCAAGACAUAAAAAAGUUCCUUGUGCUCAACCUACCGGAAGGUUGGGAAACGCGGUUCACGGAAAAGGGGAGACCCUACUUCUGCAAUCAUGCCAACCGAUCCACGCAAUGGAAACACCCGCGUCCAGAGAUUGAGACGAUCUUCAGUGAGUGGGUCCAGGAGAACGGAGCGUAUUUCAACAGGAAAUCUACAUCAGCACGUGCUUCCAAGUGA